ACAACGAAUGUCUUGUGCGAUAAAUUAGAUUUGAUAUUAAAAUAAAUUGUAAUUAUCGUCGUGUACAAACUCACACACAAUAUUAUCAAGCAAGAGUAAAAUAUCCAGAGAAGGUUAUUUAAAUACACAUUAAGAAGAAAACGAGAUCUUUAUUAAAUUUAAAAAAAUAUUGCAAAACACUGUAUAGUUUUUUCUUCACUAUUGAUAUAGCAAAAGUGUAAUUAAUAGAUGGAUAUUAACUAAUUUUUAUCUGAUCAUACACAAAACUGCUGCUAAUAUAAGAGAAUUAACGUGUAAUAUAUACAUACAUGAUAAUGAUCGGUAGUUGAUUCAUCAACACUCUCAUUGAAAAUUAUAACUAAAACUGUGAAACUUAAUAAAAUAUUCAAUUGUAAAUCGCAACAUGGCAUGCUUUUUUGGACGAUUUCGAUCAAAACAAAGUAAAGGUUUUGAUUUAACGAAAGAAAAUCUUAGCGAGGUUCCUACUGGAUUUGAGUCAUCCGGAUCUAUAAGACUUCUUUCAACACCUCAACUCAAUUCACUUAUUUUAAAGCCCGAGCCGCCCUCGAUUCUUAAACAGAAUGGAAAUAAUUCUUUAAAACACGAACGAACAUCUUCACAAAAUGAUUUACAAGCGCCAAAAACCAAAAAGCCUACUCCUGACACGUUAAAUCGUCAGCAGUCUGAUCAAUCCAAUGGCACCCAUCAAAAUACCGUUACUUCAUAUCCGCCACUUAGUAAUAGAAAUUCAGUUGCUUCUUUUGUUCAUGUUGAAGAUCAACACAUGCCAGUUAUUGAGAUUACUACUCCCGAAGUAGAACAUCCUCGUCCUUCAUGUCGAAAAUUCACAAUUGACUUUGUGCCUGAACCCUUGCCCAAAACAAUGGAUUCUGCAUCUCAAUUACAAAGAGGCUUUUCCAUCGAUGAAUCGUUGUCAAAUGCAUCGUUUACUUCAAAUAAUGAAAUUAAUAAUGAUCGGAGUCCUUCUUUAGUAGUUCCAAAUAUCCGUGAUAUCUUCAAAAUGAAAAACAGAAUAAAUUCUGUAGAAGAUGGUUUUGAAUCGAGUGCUGAGUCAGACGAUGGAUAUUUGACACUUACAAAAGGUAGCUCAAUUACGGAAAUGAUUUCGCCUCCAAUACAGAAAAAUGCGAGAAAAGAAGGAAUAAUGUCAGAUACCGUUGAUAAGACAAAUAUAACUAUUGAAGUCUUUGAGAAGGAUCAAGAAACUAUUGCUCUUAUUAAACAAGCAAUUCUCGAUAACGAUUUCUUGAACAACAUGAUGGACACAGAGAGAUUGCAGGCAGUUAUUAAUGCUAUGAGUAGUCGGUCAUUAGCAGCAGGAAUUAAUUUAAUUACUGAAGGUGAAACCGGAUCGCAUUUUUAUGUUUCCGAAGAAGGGUCCUAUGAUGUAGUUAAAGAAGGUCGUGUUAUCAAAACAUUUGGAAAAGGCGUCGUUUUUGGAGAGUUGGCUGUGCUCUACAAAGCCAAACGAUUCGCUUCUGUCAAAGUUACCGAGCCUGGAAAAGUUUGGAUGCUCGAACGAAAGAUUUUUCAAAAAAUCAUGAUGUCAACUGGGAGAAAAGAGCAACAAGAAAAUGUAAAUUUCUUGAAAUCCGUUCCUAUCUUUAGCGAUCUACCAAUGGAAUUAUUGGAAAAGAUUUCGGAUUUGUUAAUUCGAGAGUUCUUUAGCCAAGGAUCACGAAUAAUUCAACAAGGAGAUCCAGGAGAUAAAUUUUACAUCAUUCGUGGCGGAAAUGUUGAUGUUGUCAAACAAGAUGAAUUCGGAAAUGAGAAAUUAAUUGGAAAUCUUUCGAGAGGACAAUAUUUUGGGGAGCAAGCUUUGUUGAAUCGAGACAAACGACUUGCGAGUAUUAUCGCCUGUCCUCCGGGAACAGAAUGCUUAACAUUAGAUCGAGUAGCAUUUGAAAACUAUUUAGGUGCUGUUAAAGGGAUUCGGGAGACAAAACUCAUUCCAGAACCACAAAUAACUGCUGCGGUGAAAACUCCUCGCAUUCGAUCUGAAUACGAACACAUUAAGUUAAAAGACUUGAAAUAUAUUGGAAUGUUGGGAGUUGGAGGAUACGGUCGUGUUGAAUUGGUUCAACAUCGGAAUCAAGAGACUUUUGCUUUGAAGUAUCUCAAAAAGUAUGAAAUGGUGCAACAGCAACAGCAAAAACACGUGUUUAAUGAGAAAGAGAUCAUGUUAGCUUGUGACACGCCAUUUAUUGUCAAGCUUUAUCGCACAUUUCGUGAUAGUAAAUAUCUUUAUUUACUUAUGGAACCCUGUUUAGGAGGCGAUGUUUGGACAAUUUUGCAUCAAAAACGUUGUUUUGAUGAACGCACGACGCGUUUUAUGUCUGCUUGUGUUGUCGAAGCAUUUGAAUAUUUACACACACGAAAUAUAUUUUACAGAGAUCUCAAACCUGAGAAUUUAAUGCUUGAUAGUAGAGGGUAUAUUAAAUUAGUCGAUUUUGGAUUUGCGAAAUUUCUGAAACCCAACGAAAAAACUUGGACCUUCGCAGGAACACCUGAAUAUGUCGCUCCUGAAAUAAUAACCAACAAGGGACACAAUAGGGCUGUUGAUUAUUGGGCAUUGGGAAUUUUCAUAUUUGAAUUGUUAGUUGGAAAACCCCCUUUUCGAGGACGUGAUCAUAUGAAAACAUAUAAUUUUAUUUUGAGAGGAAUCGAUGUAGUUCAAUUCCCUCAAAAGAUUCCAAAGAAAGCACAGGCACUCAUCAAACGAUUAUGUCGUCAAAAUCCAACGGAACGACUUGGAUAUCAGAAAAAUGGAAUUUCUGAUAUAAAAAAUCACGUUUUUUUCAGCACUUUCGAAUGGGAAAAACUGAAGAACCAAACUUUGCCUGCCCCAUUAGUUUUGCCAGUAUUAAGUAAUAAGGAUCUGAGCAAUUUUGAGGCGCAAGAUCCUUUUUACGACGAUCCCCCAAGUGAAAAUUCUGGAUGGGAUAUCGGAUUCUGAUAAGCACUUACAAUAAACUAAUAUAAAUGAAUAAAUCAUAAUAAAGAUAUUAAAGAAUAUUUUUAUAUUGCUCCAAAACCAAAAAGCUAAGUUAGAGACAGAAGCAAUUAAAA